AAAAAUGGCCGAUUCUGGACGCAGCCCACGACCAACCACCGGAGGAGUUCGCCAACGCAAAGGAGGAGCAGCCGCCGCACCGGCUCGUGCUCGCGCCGGAGGCAACAACGGAGGGCUCUGGCGCUUCUACACCGAGGAUUCGACCGGCUUGAAGAUCGGACCAGUUCCAGUGCUCGUCAUGUCGCUCGUCUUCAUCGCUUCCGUGUUCGUGCUCCACAUUUGGGGAAAAUUCACGAGAAGCCGCGCUUAAGCCCUUAAAAUGGCUCUUUGUGCUCCGCAACUUCUAUGGGUCGAUAUUCUCUUCGUUUUUUUUUUCGUCGAAAAAAAUUUAAAUUAAUUAUUUUAUUGUCUCCCUUCGUUCGUUUACCAUCCCUCGCCAGAUAUGUGAUUAUAUAUUUAUUUUUGAAUAAAAAUCGAAAAAUUGUAUAUUUUUUU